AUGCCCCGGCUGCUGUCGCUGGGCCUCGUCGCUGUCUUUGUGCUCUGGCCGUCGAUUGUCCUCGGCUCAGAGCUUUCAGUCGCUCAAUAUGAUCAGUUUAUGACGCCAACACCAACCUGCUCCGUGUACUCGACGGCAAACACAACAUCGAAGGAGUCCGUCUUGAAGUACACGUGCCUGGGUGUGCCCGGUGGUGCUGUCCUCGCGCCUCUGGAGAGCUCCGAACCCAUGGUGCGAGCGGGUGCUAGCGACCAGUACAAGGUCUACUUGCUCCGUCGCGAUACGAGCUACCUUGCGUACGAGCAAGGCGCGACCUUUGCUUGCGAAAAUCCCGACUGCAAUCUUGACCUCGCCGGGACGCCAUAUGAAACACCGACGCGGGUUCUUGUCCCCGGCGACUACGUCGUCGUUGUUGUCUGUUUGAGUGGAUCUGGCUGCCGUUUUCAGCUCAAUUGGCAGCUCGGCAAGACUUCGACGGAUCCGUUCCAGUGCGCCCGCGCCAAAAGCUUUGCCUCGUGCGUGGAAAAUCGAGGGUGCUUUUUGCAUCGGCACCAGCGCCUCCAAUUGCAACGCCACGGGCUUAUGGAUCGGGCCGGCACCGGUGCCAACGACAAGUACGCCCCCGACUCCAACAAUGCCAUCGACACUGCCACCGACACCAACAACAGCCGAACUACCCGCAACGUCGAGCACGCCACUCGUUUCUAG